GGACCACGACUCGUCCAAUCAUCACUGCAGGAACCGUGCAACCAGGAUUCGAACCGGUCGCCAAACUGUUCAGGGUCAAAGGUUGUGGACAUCUGGGGAGGCUACGCUGACAGCGAGGCAAAUCGUCCCUGGAAGGAGGACACCGUGGCUGUUUUCUAUUCCACAACAAAAGGCAUUGCAGCUAUUUGCAUGGCCAUGCUUGUUGACAAAGGCCUCCUUGACUACGACAAGACUGUGGCUUCUUAUUGGCCAGAGUUUGCUCAGAAUGGCAAGGACAAUAUCACAGUGCGCACGCUACUUAACCAUCAAGCAGGCUUGUCCUACACUCCUGAGAAAAUGAGCCUCGCUCUCCUGAAGGACCAAGAUGCAUUGGGCAAUGUCUUAGCGCGGGCUCCCCCGCAGUGGAAGCCGGGUACGGCACAUGGAUACCAUGCUAUGACGUUCGGUCUGUAUGCCAGUCAGCUGUUGCGACGUGUUGACUCGAAGCACAGGACUCUGGGCCAAUUCUUCAAAGAAGAGAUUGCCCAACCGUUUGACAUAGAUUUUUACAUCGGUCUUCCAGUGGAAUCCUUCCACCGUGUCGCACGACUAGUGGGACAUUCCACUAACAUCAUGCUGUCACUUCUGAAGGGGCUUUCCAGUCCCCUAAACCGGCAAAUGAUGUGGGCGGUGGCGACAGGGAAAAGCGACAUUCAGAAAAUUUUAGAAUCAAGUGGGGAAACGUUGGAGUCCGAGGCAUUUUUGCGCCCAGAGACGCUGGCCCUGGAACAGCCGUCUGCAUACGGCGUCGGAACGGCGCGGGCCGUCGCCAAAGUCUACGGAAUUCUGGCCAACGGAGGGAAGACCAAGGAAGGCAAAACGUUGCUCUCCAGUAAAGCCAUUAAGAAGAUCAUCAGUGAGGCCAAAGAUGACGGUUCACUGGACAAGACUGUUGGCUUUGCUGCCAUCAAUAAUCUCGGAUUCGUCAUCAGCGAGUACGAGGGGUCACCUCAGUUUGGACAUCCAGGGGCUGGAGGCAUGCAAGGCCGUGCUGACCCUCAACGGAAGCUCGGCAUGUCUUACCUCUCCAGUUACGGCUCCCAGUUCGGCCUCGGCGACGACCCCAGAUUCAUGUCACUGCAAGCAGCGACUUACAAGUGUAUCGAUAAACUGGAAGCCUAGAAAGGAACGAGGCUGAAUGGGCUGUGCUUGGUGCACAGGCAAAAAACGCAAUUAACGAGCCGUUAUUCGUGUACUUUAGAUUUGCGCUUUUGCCCAGCCUGGCAUGAGACACAUAAUGAGUCGCAAGAACCGCUUUGAGUCGAUGCAAGCAAAACGAAUAAGGCACAACGGGAAGAUGGGAGAACUUCCGCUCAAAAUAUUUCUAAGCGCCACUUUGUUCAGUAUUUGCUGUCAUAUUUGGGACCAAUCGUAGAUAUAUUUCUAUAAAUCACGAAUUUUGGACUAAUGGCUUUCAACUCGGGAUAUUCAGUUCCAUACAACUCGAAGCGGGCCAAUUUUGCAUAGAUGUGGGUGGCUACAUUCAUAGCUGAGUGCAUAGUUUUACUACUAUUUUGGGGUUGUUUUCGGAGGACGAUUUUAAAAAUGUGCACUGCUAACCCGUAUAAAAUUGAGAAGGAAACUAGACUCUUGGCCAUAAUCUUGAAUUUCCAGUGAAACACAGCAAGGCUAACCUGUUAUUUGUGAGAGUCAUACCCGGUGCAGCGCUAUUGCUGUCCGAUUUUGCACUGUUUUACACACUCUAAAAAUAAUUGCACAAUGUUGGGUAAAACUUUUACACUCUCAAGAGUAAAGUUGGAACAUGGUCGCCAGUUUAUUUAAAAAUAUUGCACAACAGGAAAAUCUUAUGAAACAACACAUUUCUGUGGAAAUAUUGCACUCUGCCUGUGUUUAACUUUUUACACAACAGUAUAUUGGGUAAAUGGUUUACCCCCAAACGACCAUGUUCCCUUUUAAUUAAUAAUUGAGUAAUUUUUUACACAUCGCCGUUUCAACCCAAAUGCUGUGUUAUAUUUUUACGCAUAAAUUGUACUUUUUUAAAUUACCCAAUACCCUUGUGUCAAAAAUCACACGGUUCUCAAUUAAUCAGUUAUUUUCCAAUUUGAAUGUGAUAAAUUUAAUCAAUGAACAGCACAUGAAUUUUUUCCUUGUUUUAACGAUAACCUGCUAAAAAUAAACAGAGUUUUCAACAUGAUACACAACAGUUAAUUUUUGUGUUGAAUGUUGACACGUCAUUAGUUCCACCAAGUACAUAAUGUGAGUAAAUGUUCUAACUAAAAUCUUGAAUAAGGGAAUAAGUAUGUACUCGGCCAAUGGACGCGACUAAUGCCAUCGCCUGCGGCUCGGACAUUACCAUUAUGCCGUUAUUAGACAUGACAAUCAAAAUGCACCAAAAUUACAUGUACACAACUGACCACUUUAAGAUUUAAAGACCGUUUUGUUUUUGAAAAUCAUGAAGUGAAAUUAACUUGAAGCAUCUCUGUCGACAAAUUCUGGUUAGCAACCAGAUCAAAACGGUAGUUUUAGUGAGCAUGGCGAUAGGAUCCUUCGCUAUGUUUUCAAUUAACUCGGCGAGAAAUGAUAAUAAGCCCAGACAGCUUUCACUGCCCCUGCCUUACUGGAGACGGUCUCAAUAUAAAAGUUCCAUGAUGCAGUUGCUUGGAGGGCAUACUUUAGGCCCCAAACCUACAGCUGGUGGGUUUUAUACCACAGGUUCAAAGCACCGAGGAGGCCACCGCACUAAGUUUACUGCCUGCCUCUCACAGAUGAGGAGGCACCGUGUUGGUUGGGCCGUGUCUCCCCCUCACAAUGGUCAAGAUGAACAGUAGCGUCCUCCUCCUGGUCAGGUUGUCAGUGUAGUUGGUGACAUGUUUUUCAAAAUUAAAAAAU